CACUCGCGCGCACGGACCCGCGCGGGGACGCCUCGGAAGGCGCUGGGUUCCACGGACGAGAUGCUGCUGCUGGCGAGAUGUCUGCUGGCCUUGGUCGUCUCCUGGCUGCUGGUGUGCCCGGCGCUGGCGUGCGGACCCGGCAGGGGGUUUGGAAAGAGGCGGCACCCCAAAAAACUGACCCCUUUAGCCUACAAGCAGUUCAUCCCCAACGUGGCCGAGAAGACCCUAGGGGCCAGCGGAAGAUACGAAGGGAAGAUCUCCAGGAACUCGGAGCGGUUUAAGGAACUCACCCCCAAUUACAACCCCGACAUAAUAUUUAAAGAUGAAGAGAACACCGGAGCCGACCGGCUGAUGACUCAGAGGUGUAAAGACAAGCUAAACGCUUUGGCCAUCUCGGUGAUGAACCAGUGGCCGGGAGUGAAGCUGAGGGUGACCGAGGGCUGGGACGAAGACGGCCACCACUCGGAGGAGUCGCUGCACUACGAGGGGCGCGCGGUGGACAUCACCACGUCCGACCGUGACCGCAGCAAGUACGGGAUGCUGGCGCGCCUGGCGGUGGAGGCCGGCUUCGACUGGGUGUACUACGAGUCCAAAGCGCACAUCCACUGCUCCGUGAAAGCAGGUGAGUGGCGGGGGCCCUCCCGCAGCCCCCACUGCGUGCGCACGACACCCCUGCACCAGCUCCAGGUCCGCCCACCAGGGGUCACCUGUGAGCCCCGCGGCCUGAUUCCAGGCAAAGCCAACGAAGGCUUAAGAAUCAACCGUCCCACCCCCACGCCUGCCCCCGCCCCCGAAGGGGCGGCUGUGUCCACAGGGUAA